AUGCAUGCAUCACCUUCUAGUAUUUCUCACGAACCCAUAACUGCAAAUCGACGUCCCCUCCCUGUCUGGACUGAAUCUGGUCUUGCAAGCUGGUUUGCGUCAACAACUGUUCACGGUGGUUCCAAGCAACCCUACUCUGUAUCUUGCAGCUACGGUCGAGUCCUCGACUCAACACCGACGAUGUCAGCAAUCCUUAGUGCCGACGACCUUAACGAUUUCAUAUCCCCCGGUGUCGCCUGCAUCAAGCCUGUUGAGACGCUACCCGCCCCGCCCCCACCAAACGACGAUGCGGUCGAGUACGAAGUGGUCCUUGAUGGACCUCUUACAUCAAUAGCCACGAACGAACCGGCCCAGAUAUCUCUCACAGACUGUCUUGCAUGCUCAGGUUGUGUCACAUCGGCUGAAGCGGUCCUCGUCAGUUUGCAGAGCCAUAGCGAAGUGCUGAGCGUGCUCGAUCAGGCCCCAGGCCUGCGACCACGGCAGGAACAUGGACGAUGGCAGGUUGACGGCCUUGAGGAUUCAGAAGCAAAGUUGUUUAUUGCGAGCGUGAGUCCACAGACCAGGGCCAGUCUUGCUGCGGCCACGGGAGGACGCAUAGGGGAGAAGGUGGCGGGAAACAUGAUCGCGCAACUAUUGGCGGGAGAGAGUGGCUUGAAGACUGGUGGAAAACACAAUAAUGCGUUCACAUGGGUGGUGGAUACAAACACCGCCCGCGAAGCCUGUUUAGUUCUUGGGGCGGAAGAAGCCCUGAGCGGAAUAGAGGGUUCCGGAAGAGCCACGAAACCGAUACUUAGUGCGAGCUGUCCUGGCUGGGUGUGCUAUGCCGAGAAGACACACCCACAUGUGCUGCCCCAUCUAUCAAGAGUAAAGUCGCCACAAGCCCUCAUGGGUACGCUACUGAAGACAACAUUGAGUCGGACCUUGGGUAUAUCCCCAGACCGAAUAUGGCAUCUCGCAGUAAUGCCUUGUUUCGACAAGAAGCUCGAGGCCAGUAGAGAGGAGUUGACGGACUCGGUGUGGGGUGGUGAUGGGGAAUCUGGUCGAGGUGUACGGGAUGUCGACUGCGUCAUCACCAGCAAGGAGGUCUUGAUGCUCACCGAGUCAAGAGCUAUUGAUUUCUUCAACCUAUCCCAAGCUCCUAUUACACCGUCACAGCGUGCCCUAUUCCCAGACCCAAAACUGGACAGAUUCUUGUUUCCUCCUCGUGCUCGGAAGCAACUCGAGCCCGCAGCUGGCACAUCCGGCGGCAAUCUUUACUACACCUUGCAAUAUGUCUCAUCGCAGCAUCCCGGCUCGCGGAUCGAGUCUGUCAAAGGCCGGAAUGUUGAUGUUGUUGAGUUCAAUGUUGUCGCGGUAGAUGGCAAGUCAUUGUUCAAGGCUGCGAGAUACUACGGCUUCCGAAAUAUCCAGAAUCUGGUCCGACGACUGAAACCAGCGAGGCCGUCGAGGUUAUCGGGGGGGAGACCAGUCGGUGGUACGCGCAAGCAGAUGGAGUAUGCCUACGUCGAAGUGAUGGCGUGCCCUGGUGGGUGUACAAAUGGCGGAGGCCAGAUCAAGAUCGAAGACCCCAUCGUCACUGAAAGGAAAGGCUUGACGGGUAAACCGGGUCCCUUGGAGCAGAAGGAAUGGUUGGCGCAGGUGGAUGAGGCGUAUUUCUCAGCCGAGGAACCUGAGUCUGAGGUUGAAGCCGAUGCUGGUGAGAGCAGAGCACCGACAGCCUCGGUAGGCGGCAUUUCCCAUUCAUAUAUUCGAGAUACCCUGACACAUUGGUCGAGCAUAACUGGCGUGGAUGCGGAGAGGUUGGCCAUGACGACAUACCGCGAGGUCAUCAGUGACGUGGGCAAGAAUAAGCCAAGCGAAACUGAGAGGAUUGCCCGAAUUGCCGGGAAGAUAGGAGGGGGAUGGUAA